AAAUGGCAGCAUUUCCCACCACCUACAAUAAGGAUAAUAAUACCUGGAGUGGUAUGCAACGUUCUUUAAUGUACAACCAAGACAUGUCCGUCGGUAGAAUUAUAUUCAAUAUCAUGAGGAACUGGCCCAAAAAUGUGUGUCAGAUUAAUGAUGAAGAUGGUACAACCUUAACUAAUGGUCAAGCCAUUACUUGGGCCAUUAGAAUUGCACAACACUUGAAGAAUAAAGGACUCAAUAGCCAGGAUGUGAUUGGAAUAUUGGGGACAAAUUCCACUUAUCUUAUGCCUUUGGGUGUCGCGUGUCUAAUGAACACUACAAAGUUUCAUGCUGUGAAUCCAAUUGCAGAUAAAGAUACUAUACAAUAUGCAUUUGGAAUAACCAAACCAAAGCUAAUCUUCUGUGAUGGACUCCACUAUGAAAAAGUCCGUUCUGCAACUCAAGAAUGGAAUCCAGAAAUAAUUACAUUAACCGGGAACAUUAAGGAUGUGCCCAAUAUUGAAUCUUUGCUAGAGCCCACAACCACAGAAAAGUUCUAUCAGCCUGAAUCUAUCGAUAAUGGAGAUCAAACCGUGGCGAUUCUUUGCUCCUCUGGCACAACAGGAUUACCAAAAGCUGUCUGCAUUUCAAAUAGUAAUCUCAUAAUGAUUGAUAUGUUGACUACCAGUGAAUCGAUUAUCUAUUUGCCCAGUUCAUUAGAUUGGGUUACAGGUGUCUGGGGUUUUCUUCUUAGCACAGUCGCUGGCUGCACACGCAUCAUAUCGAACAAGUCUUUUAGUCCCGAACACUUUGUAAAUCUGGUUAAGACAUACCAGAUCAACUAUGUUAUCUUGCCGCCAAGACAUCUAGCCGCCUUGAUCACUUGUGCUGAUACAACCCCGGAGGCUCUUUCGUCUAUAAAAAUGCUCAGCUAUGGUGGCGGGUUAGUGAGCUUAACAACGCUGAAGAGAACGCAGGAAAUCUGUAAGAACGCCGUGUUCAAUUCAGCCUACGCCAUGACCGAAGUUGGAGUCAUAACGGGUAAUGUGGGGAUUAUAAAUAGCACAGCAGCUGGUAGACUUAUGCCGGGUAUUCAAAUCCGCAUCAUCGAUGAAGAUGGCAAGAGACUUAAGCACAAUCAGGUUGGUGAGAUCUUCGUGCACACUGGACAAACCUGGAAUGGUUACUACGACAAUCCGGUGGAAACGGAGCGCAUGCAGGACUCUGAAGGUUGGUUCCACACUGGCGACUUGGGAUACUUUGAUGACAAGAACUUCCUCUACAUUGUGGAUCGCAAGAAGGAGGUCUUGAAGUACCAAGGUCUACACUAUUGGCCCACAGAAAUAGAGAAUGUGAUUUUAAACUUACCGGAGGUGCAGGACGUGUGUGUGGUAGGCAUCUACGAUGAAAGACAAGGAGAUGCUGCAGGUGCUUUGGUUGUGAAGCGAAAGGGAUGUGAGAUAAGUGAAAAGGCGAUCAUUGAUCAUGUCGCCAAAAAGUUGAAUGGUCUGCAGAAACAACUAUAUGCUGGAGUUCGCUUUACGGAUAAACUGCCCUCCAACCACAACGGUAAAAUUCUAAGGAAAGCAGCACGUGAUGAAUUUGUUUCCAAAAAAUAA